GUCAUGACCCAGCCACAGACUUCAGAGCGCCCAGCUGCUGUGGUUGCCCCAGCCAAGACCAAGCCGGUUAGCAUUCCAGCAUGGAGGGAGGGAGGAGGGGCUGGCAAGCCUCCACACUUCUGCAACUCUCACUGCUUUUAGUCAGGGGAUGUGCCCGGUGCGGGCAUCUCCUUGUAAGUGCUGGCUCAGCCCGGGGCCAUGACUGCUGCCCACAGACAACAUGUCUGGACUAUCAAGAGCUUCCUAACUGCGCUCCCCCACUUCACACUGGAUCGGCAUAGUUUUUCCCUUGUCAGAAGCAGCCUGACUGAAUGAAGAUUAAAACUGAAAAUGCUUGUCUCCAGUCCUCACAUCAUGACUCUGGCGGUGUCCGUGGAUGGUAAGCCCCUCUGUCCUCUGAGCUGGGGACAUUUUUUUCCCUAAACUGUCCUUCCAUUACCUCUCACCUAUGAUUCAUACUACAGUCAUUACCCACCAUUUACCUUUCUCAGAAUAUUCCUGAACACCCCCCCCCCAUCCCAGCAAGUGCUUAUUGUAUACGGGUGACACCAUCAUAUGAAUUCUUGACAUUCAGGAAAAGAGGAGAUAUGUGCUCAGAAACUUUCUGGUUUGGGUGCAGAGCCUCUCUGAAAAGCCAGCAGCUGGUGCAGAAGGUGGGGGAUAACGAAUCUGGGCUGCUCUUCUGGGACUGCAGUGUGCCGCCUUCAGCUUCUCAGAGAGACCCAGCAGAAAAUGGGGAGCACUCACCAGUGAGGCGAGCGGUGCGCGAUAAAACAUCGAUUUCUUCUGAUCUCCUGUGGACAGACUACAUAGAAAGUUGUCUUCCGCUUUUACUUCCCUAGUCUCCAUUUCUGACUCUACACCCACCCCUCUCCAUCCCACAUGCCCAGGACAGGCUUGGGACACACUCUUUUCUCCACAGUGCGCGCAGCGCGCGCGCGCACCUUCCCCUCCAUUCUUAAGCUCGAGCUGAAUUCACCGCUGGGGGCGGGGUGGGAGGACUGGAAACCGAUCUGGAGCGUUGGGUGAGGGUGCGCCUGGGGAAAUCAGACCAACCAGGCCCUGAGAGGGCUGGCUUCCCAUGGGUGACCUGCCAGGGGAGCUAUGCGCUGGGCGCUUCUGCGCUUCUAGUGGAGCCUGUCUUAGGGAAGUCUGAGGCGCUUGCCAGGGCUGGCGUUACUCCCCCAGCUCCAGAGUCCAGGAAAACCAAGCAGGGAAACAGAACAGAUCAUGAGGUCAGUGUGGGCCUCCCUCCCCCAACACCGCUGGCUGCUUCUGGCGAUGCUCUUUCUUGAGGUUGUGGGCUAUGACAUACUAUUUGACCCCAACUGGGGGUUUGACUCGUAUGAAAUCACCGUUCCCAAAGAGCUAAGGUUUAGGAAAGGGGAGCAGGGUGCGGACAGUUCUUUGUCGUACCUCUUACUGAUACAAGGCAAGAAGCAUGUCAUUCACCUGUGGCCCAAGAAGUUACUGUUGCCCAGACAUUUGCCUGUUUUCUCCUUCACUCAAGAGGGCAGUUUGGUAGAGGAUUACCCACAUGUACCAAACGAAUGCAAUUAUGUGGGCUCCGUGGAAGGUUCUCAGGAAUCGGGAGCUACUCUGAAUACAUGCAUGGGGGGUCUGCGAGGCAUCUUGAACAUAGACUCCAGUUAUUACCAAAUCGAGCCCCUCAGGGCCUCUUCCAGUUUUGAACACGUUGUGUAUCUCCUAAAUAAGGAAGAAUUUAGCAAUCAGAGCUGUGGUGUGGUUGAUGAAGAAACCAAGGAGGAAACCGCCCCGCAAGAGGAAAUGGCUAGAAUAGAAAGCUUUCAUCAAUCCUACCAUCACCAAAAGUUCUUGGAACUGGUCAUGGUCUUUAAUUGGGAGAGAUUUGUGUUUUUACAAAAGAAUUUUUCUAGAGUCGUUGAUGAUGCUAUUCUUCUAGCUGCAAUUGCGGAUACCUACUUUCAGGAUGUCGGGUUGAAGAUCCAGCUAAAAGCACUUGAAGUUUGGUCGAAUAACGACAAAAUUUUUACUCACUUUCCCACUUUGGCUGAAGUGUUAGGUCAGUUCGUACUGUACAAAAGAGUGGCGCUGCAUUUCCGGCUUCCCUCAGACUGGGCACAUCUGUAUCUUGGAAUACGUUAUUCAGAUGCUGUUGCAUGGUCCUGGGGAAGAGCAUGUGAAGAGUACCAUGCUGGAUCAGCAAGCAGCUUACUUGAUGUAAAUAUCCUAGGACCUGCUACGUGGACUGCUCAUGAAGUGGGCCACUGUGUGGGAAUGAGACAUGACGAGGAGUACUGUCAAUGCAGAGGACGAGGCUAUGUGGUUGAGAGAUGUGGAAACAAAAUUGUUGAAGACCAGGAGGAAUGUGACUGUGGUUCCACAGAAGACUGCAAGGAAGACCUGUGCUGCAGGCCAGACUGUAAAUGGAAAGAAGGUGUCAACUGCUCCACGGGGCUCUGUUGUCAUAAGUGUGACUUUCUUCCAGCAGGCCAUGUGUGCAGGCGGGAAGAGAACGAAUGUGACCUUGCUGAGUACUGCGACGGGUUCUCGGCCGUCUGUCCAGAGGAUGUUUACAAGCAGGAUGGAACUCCCUGCAGACACGAAGGACUUUGUUUCAAUAAGGGAUGCAGAUCCAGGUACAUGCAAUGCCAGGGCAUUUUUGGAACCACUGCCAAGGAGGCUCCUCACCAAUGUUAUGAUGCAGUUAAUAUGAUAGGCGAUCAGUAUGGUAACUGUGGCAUCUUAAAUGCUACUCGAUAUCAAAGGUGUAAUAGGGACAACGCAAUCUGUGGCAGGCUACAGUGUAUGAAUGUUAAAGCCAUCUCCAAUUUGCCAGAUCACUAUACUAUACUAUCCACCUAUCUGAAGACAGAUAAUCUCCUAUGCUGGGGCACAGGCUAUCAUGGAGCCAUGAUACCCCAUGGGAUACCUGAUGUAGGUGAUGUUAAUGAUGGCACCUCCUGUGGUCAUGACCAGGUGUGUAUUAACAGAACUUGCGUUGAUGUUGUCAACCUGAAGUUUGACUGUUUUCCUAACAAGUGCAAUAGCCGAGGUGUCUGCAACAACAGAAGGAACUGCCACUGCAUGUAUGGCUGGGGACCCCCGUUCUGUGAAGAUGUAGGAUUUGGCGGGAGUAUUGACAGUGGACCCCCUGGACCCAUGGCAGAGGAAAUGUUCCCAUCAUUUCGAGUUAAGUAUAUUAUGUUGAUACGUGUUUUUUUAUUCGUCAUCUCAGUGAUCUUUGUGGUUUUUAAGCAGCUGAUUAAAAAUUUGUUUCAUAACAACCAGCAAAAAGAACCAGAGCAGAUUCAAUCUGAAACAGAUGAUGACAUGUCAGAAAUGUAAUCAGGCAGCCCUGUCACCUAACACAUUUGGCUACUUAACAAGCUUAUCAUUUAUUCACAUGACUAGAAUGAUUUCACACAAAUUUACCAUGCCUUUAAAAUCAGCAAAAAUAAAUGAUAUUCUUGUUUGGAAACAAAUCAGUGCAUUUUUUCCCCCUAGGAUUCAUUCAUUUUCAAUUCAGUUUGGGAUCAAGCGUUGGAUUACCUGAAAAGACUAUUAAUGGCCUAUCUGAAUGCAGUCAGGGAACGACUCGUGUUCAGAGUACAGUCCUGUCUUAGCAUCCUGGUGAAGUAUGCUGACUUCUCCCCUGUGUGUUUCAGCUUCUUCAGGGCUAGCAUCUACACCUGUGCACAUGCACCUGGGCACCCGCUGCAUGCACCUGGGCUGCAUGCACCUGGGCACCAGCUGCAGGAUACUUGGUGAUAUCACAUUUUAUAAAUGAAAAAAACAAAACAAAACAAAACAAAACAAAAAAACAGCCCAUGUGUUACAAGGGUUGAUCCCUUCAGCGAGACUUUCUGUCAUAUUUCUUCUGGUGGAUACAGCUCUGUCUGUUGCUGUGUGGUUUCUGACUUGCUGUUUGAGGUGAUCUCCAGUGGGACCGCUAUCCUGAACUGUCAUGACACCUGCAUUUCUGUACAGCCUAUAGAAGAUGACAGUCCUUAGCAGUGUUGGGAGCAUGGCUAUUAACAAAAUUUAAUGUUUGCUCUGUUUUUUUGGUAGUUUUUUGUUUGUUGGUUAACUUGAGCCUCAAUUGAGAAACUGCCUCCAUCAGAUUGGCCU